AUGGCACCCGACAAGGUGGACCACAGCCUGGACCAUGUCCUAUCAGACCUCAUCACAGCAUUUCAUAUCCUUCACCAACAUGAAGUGUUCGAUGAACAUGGUCAGAUAUCAGUGCGCAAUCCUCAGGAUCCCACGACAUUCUUCACCAGCAACACGCCAGCGAUCCUUGUCUCCUCGAAGAGUGAUCUAAGUCAAUGGCACGUCGCCGACUGCUCGCCAGUCGCAAGUCCCUAUCCAGGAUGCGAAAUAAAUCAGGAACUAUCCUCAACAACGGAACUCUACGCGCACAGCUCCAUGUAUCACAUGUACCCUGGUGUACAGAGCAUUAUCCACGCUCACUGUCUGAGUGCGAUCGUGUACGGUCUAUGCAAUAGUUGGGGCAGCAUGCUGCAACCGAGCUAUCUAAUGGCUGGAUUCAUAGGUACUUCGCCACCCAUCUUCGACAUUGCCAGAUGUUACGACAAUCUGCCAGACUCGCAUCCGAAGAACCUGUUGAUCAAUACCGCAUACAUCGGCCAUGAAUUGGCGGCGAGAUUUUGCAAGUCUCCCGACGAGGAGAUGGAGCCGAGCGACACGCCGACCGAUCUUCCGGAGCAAAAGGUUGUCUUCAUGCGCGGUCAUGGGUAUACCACGUGGGCUGAGAGUAUUGAGGACACCGUCUGGCGGGCCAUCCAUAUACGCCGCGACGCAGAUAUCCAGACUGCCGCCAUGGCCCAAAGAGACGCCACGGAGCUGGAGGUGGUUUACCUUUCAGAGCAGGAGGCCAAGGACUGUGAGAGAACAACAAACUUUGCAGAUCAAAAACAAUGGUUGGCCUGGACGGCGCAGGCAGAUAGAUCAGGAAUGUAUCGGAAUGAGAUGAGGUCGCUGUCGAGUGCCGGAUAA